CUUAUGUCAGAGCCAGUCUCGGAGGAAAUUUGAGAGUUACCAAAAGAGAAAGUUAAUUAACUAGCCAAAUAUUAGAGUUUGUGGCCAAGGCCCGGAAGCGAUCACCAAAAGUACUGCCCAAAUGGAUCAAAUUAAGCUGCGGACCUGACCACUAGCCAGGAAUCGACCAAUCCGUUGUUUGUGUAUGUGGCUUUCGUUUGUUUUGUUUGCCGUCCACUGUGCCGUAUAAUUAAUUGGCAUCGGCCCCAGACUGGUCUGGUUCGCUAGGAAAUCUAGGUCAUCUCGUCUGCCUUAUCAUGAGCGUAUCGCGACUUCUUCCGUUCAACCUGACGACCUCGCAAAAGGUGAUUGUCGUUUCCGUAACGGCUGGUAUGGCCGUCCUGGGAGUGAUUGCCAGUUACCUGGGUCGCCGCAGAACUCCCAAGCCUCAGCAGCGACGGUUGCGUAAGCCCGGUGGCCGGAAGACGCGCAACAGUGUCCGUAGCCCGAACGACAUCAUUUCGCUGGCGGGAUCCAAAGCUUCCGGCCGGUCGUACAGUCCGGGUGGUUCGAUUCAUGGGCUGUCCGACCGGAUGUCGCUUGCCUCCGGAUCGUUGGCGGCUGCCGGAGCCGGGCCCAUCGGUGGUACGACCCCGUUAACACCCCAACAGCUGGGAGUGAUGGGAAUGGAAGCGCUGGAAACGGUCAUCAGCUACUGGGAGGAUGCCCUCACGGGGCGCAACGACAUUGACAUCCCAAGCCGGUUGAGUGCCGAUCAGGAAGAGUUUUGCAGGGAGCUGCAGAACCUGCUAGAUGCGGCCUAUAAUCUGCAAGAAAACGGCGAACUCCUGUUUCUGGACGAGCGCUCGGUGCUCUACAGAGACGAUGAGAACAAAGCUACCCAGGCUGCCAGUCUGUCCAACGGACACAGAUCUUCGUCCGAUCCCAACAUGGACUCGGCGGAGAGCUUUGCGUCGGCACUGGAUCAGGUUGCAGAUUUACGUGAGUUUGAAGAUUACGGCGAAGUGUUUUCCGACGUAGAGAACUAUCCACUGUAUCAGAGCGCACUGGAACUGCUGGACGAUCAACCAAUUCCGUGCCGGACCAUCCGGACGGACAUGGUCGGUUGUAACUCCGAUGCGGAGUAUUACGCCAAGUUGCACUGCAUCCGGCUUGCCUUUCAACUGCUUUUUAAAGACCCAAAGAUAAGCCGCUGGGUGGCGGACACCGGUCGCCAGGUGCUGACCGAUUUGCUCUGCCUGGGCGACAAGGAUCCCAAAGAUUUUCUGGUGUCGUACGAGUCGAUGCUCGAGUUCCUGCAAAACCAAGACAACUGGCCUGACAUCGAGGCAGAGCUCGAAUCCCGCCAGGUGAAGGCGAUCACCUUCUACGACAUUGUGCUCGAUUUUAUCAUUCUGGACGCAUUUAGGGAUCUGGACACGCCGCCCAACAGUGUCCUCGCCGUAAUCAACAAUCGGUUCCUGUCCAACAGCUUUAAGGAGACGGCCCUGACGACCGCAGUCUGGUCCGUGCUGAAGGCGAAGAAACGCCUGCUCAAGUUCCCGAACGGGUUCAUGUCCCAUUUCUACUGUGUCACCGAGCAGUUGUCGCCCCUCAUGGUCUGGGGCUUUUUUGGCCCGGACGAAGAUCUAAAGGAAGUGUGCAAAUACUUCAAGGACCAAAUGGUCGGAUUCAUGAUCGAUAUGUACAACUUCCAGAAAAUGCGGUACACCACGGUUGAAGAACUGGCGGAGGAUAUUCACUCCAAUAUGCGGAUGAGGGUUAACAAUAUAGGCGUUAAAUUUAGCCAGUAAGCAUGUGCGAGACACUUUUUGUAUCGUUUUGGUUGAGAGUUUUUAAACUUUGAUUUUUUUUAGUUUUUGUUAGUUUUAAUUGUUUGGCUGGAAGUAGUUUUAAACCCGGCAACUACGUAAACCGCGUUUAGUAAACCUUAAUAAGUAAUUGACUUAUCCUAACCGAAUCCGCUCAAGGCGGUUUGGAUUGUUGCAGAACAAACUACGAACUAAUUGUAUCUAUAUAUAGGGAGCCCUGUUUUUUUGCUAUUAAAUAGUUGAGGUAGUUUUAGAGAGCAUACAGUUCCUUACAAUCACGCGUAAAAAUAAACCCUUUGGUAUGCUGUAAAAUAGCUAAA